AUGGUUCAUCUAAAUCUUGGUCUCACGGCUCUCGCCUUCGUUUCUGUCUGCUCAGCAAUUGCGACAGGUGGUGAUUUCAACAUCUUGUCCUUCAAUGUGGCAGGCUUACCCGCUAUACUCAACGGCAAUGAAGUUAGCGGUGAUAAAGCGACCAACGCAGGCACUAUUGGGAAACUAUUCUCCAAGUACGACUAUGAUGUUAUCAACAUGCAAGAAGAUUUUGCGUUCCACGCGUACAUCUAUGCUACGGACACCCAUCCAUAUAGAACGCCAACAUCAGGAACAGCAGCCAUUGGGAGUGGGCUCAAUACAGUCGCAAACUUCAAUUGGUUUAGUUUCAGCCGGGAAAAGUGGGAAACCUGUUCUAAUGCCUCAGGGGCAGAUUGUUUGACUCCCAAAGGUUUUACCUUUAUGCGAGUACAAGUUUCCGAGGGCGUCUAUGUUGACAUGUAUAACCUUCACACGGACGCCGGAACAGAAGCUGCUGAUGAGGUUGCCCGAAGCGCGAACGUUCAGCAAGUCGCUAACUAUGUCGACAAAUGGUCCGCGGGUAACUCUGUCAUUAUAUUUGGCGAUACCAAUUCCCGUUACACACGUGCGCUUGACAAUAUCGCGGUCUUCCAGACUCAAAAUCACCUCAUCGACCCCUUCGUUCAACUACAACGUGGCGGCGUAAAUCCAACCGUCGAAACACUUUGUGACAACCCCUCACGAAACAACAAUUGUGAAACCGUCGACAAGGUUUUCUACAGAGGCUCCAAGCAGCUGGCACUUACCGCCACAUAUUUCAACUACGAAAGCACGAAGUUCUUGCAAGCCGACGGCUCCAUUCUCUCCGACCACAACCCCAUCACCGUCAACUUCACAUGGAGUGUAGCGCCUACCCGUCGCCAGUCUCCAUUCUACGGCGGUCCACACGGAACAUGGUUUAACGACCUCGACUACCUCCCAACCUCACCACGAGCAUCUGUCAUUACGUUCCGUGGAGCAUCGAGAGUAGACUCCGUAGGCGUCACUCUCACAUCAGGAGCUACUUUUACGCAUGGUGGAACGGGUGGUACCGCUACAAGUCUCACUCUUAACAGCGGGGAGUACUGGACGACUGCCAAACUAUGUCAAGGGCAGAAGGAUGGCUGGACCAGGAUAUUUUAUAUCCAAGCUACGACUAGUACUGGACGGACUUUGGCCACGGGUACGACUACGGUUGAUUGUGUUACUUAUGCUGCGCCGAAGGGUUGGGGGAUCGUUGGGUUUUUGGGACAAGGUGGGGAUGAGGUUGAUCAGUUGGGUUUGCUUUAUGCUCCUUAUUAG